CGUGACGUUUGAUUCAGGAAAGAUGGCAGACCCGGACGAGGAUCUGAUGCUCUUCAGUGUCAGCGAUUUGCCGGUGCGCGGAUACGGUCUGAUGGAGGAGAUCCGGCGCCAGGGAAAACUGUGCGACGUGACCCUGCGGAUUGAUGAUCACAAGUAUAGUGCCCAUCGCAUUGUGCUGGCUGCAUCCAUUCCCUACUUCCAUGCCAUGUUCACUAACGAUAUGAUCGAAUGCAAGCAGGAUGAGAUCGUCAUGCAGGGAAUGGACCCUAGUGCCCUGGAAGCACUUAUUAACUUUGCCUACAAUGGUCGACUGGCAAUAGACCAACAGAAUGUGCAGUCAUUGUUGAUCGGUGCCAGUUUCCUGCAACUACAGAACGUAAAAGAUGCAUGCUGCACCUUCCUCAGAGAAAGGCUGCAUCCUAAAAACUGCCUGGGUGUGCGUCAGUUUGCAGAGACGAUGAUGUGCACUGUCCUUUAUGACUCAGCCAACAGUUUCAUUCAUCAGCACUUUGUGGAGGUGUCCAUGUCUGAGGAGUUCUUGGCGUUAUCCUUUGAGGAGGUAUUGGAACUUGUUGCUCGAGAUGAGCUCAAUGUGAAAUCCGAAGAACAGGUGUUUGAGGCAGUUCUUGCUUGGGUACGAUUUAAUCGUGAAAAUCGAGAGAACUAUCUGCCUCAGCUGCUAACCAAAGUACGCCUCCCUCUCUGCCGACCACAGUUCCUAACUGAUAGGGUCCAACAGGAUGACUUGGUUCGGUGCUGCCACAAGUGCAGGGACCUUGUUGAUGAGGCAAAGGAUUACCAUCUGAUGCCGGAGCGCCGACCACACCUGCCAUCUUUCAAGACACGGCCAAGAUGCUGCACUUCUAUUGCUGGCUUGAUCUAUGCCGUGGGAGGUCUCAAUUCUGCUGGUGACUCUUUGAAUGUGGCAGAGGUGUUUGACCCCAUUGCCAAUCGAUGGGAGCGGUGUCAGGAGAUGAUGACCUCCCGGAGCCGUGUGGGUGUGGCCAUGGUAAACGGGCUCUUGUAUGCAAUAGGUGGGUUUGAUGGGCAGUCGAGGUUGAGCACAGUGGAAGUUUACAAUCCAGAGACGGACAAAUGGACCAAAGUGGCCAGCAUGAACAGUAAGCGCAGUGCAAUGGGGACAGCUGUAAUGGAUGGACAUAUCUACGUUUGUGGUGGGUACGAUGGAAUCUCCUCCCUCAAUUCAGUGGAAUGUUAUGCUCCAGAAACUGACAAAUGGGUGACAGUGACUCCAAUGAAUGCAUGUCGCAGUGCAGCAGGAGUCACUGUGUUUGAAGGAAGGAUCUAUGUUUCAGGAGGCCAUGAUGGAUUGCAGAUAUUUAACACGGUUGAAUGUUACAAUCAUCACACCACUACCUGGUACCCUGCACCAAGUAUGCUCAACAAACGCUGUCGCCAUGGGGCGGCUACCCUGGGCAGCCAGAUGUAUGUCUGUGGCGGUUAUGACGGCUCAGGUUUCCUGAGUAUUGUGGAGGUUUACAACUCUUCUUCAGACCAGUGGUAUCCUCUUGUUCCCAUGAACACUCGUCGAAGUCGAGUGUCCCUUGUGUCAAACUGUGGCCGCUUGUAUGCCAUUGGUGGUUAUGAUGGACAAUACAAUUUGAACUCUAUGGAAAUGUACGACGCUGAGAUGAAUAGCUGGACAUUCAUGGCACCCAUGGUGUGCCACGAAGGUGGAGUUGGUGUAGGAUGCAUACCACUUCUCAGUGCAUAGGGCAGUCAACGUUCUCUAUAUCGGGGAGUCUAGUACUUGGUACCUGUGUCAAAACAAUGGUACAUUUGUGGGGUGAAAAUUAGACACCAUUUUUGAUGGCUCAUUGGUGGUGUCCAAUGACUAUUACAAUCUCUUAACAAAGACUGGCAACUGUUGCUAGUACUUCCUAGUCAUCAAUGUUCAGUCUGCAGAUGUUUUAAAGGCAUCCAUUUAGUAGAAUAAUAAAUCCCUUAUAAAUGUCUAUUAAAAUCCAAAGUAACUUAUUAAUCAUUUGUUUCUGUAAUUAUGCAGAAAAUAGUACAAUUAAAGGAGCCCCUCAAACUAGUUUUGUCAUGGAUUAGGUGCUUUCCUUCAGCAUCAGGAUCUGUGCGAGAAGUACUAAAUUAGCAUUCCAAAGGGAGUUCUUCUGCAGUUUUGCUACGGGUGCUCCUUGUCUUCCUUGUGUCCGUGGCUAAUGGGCAGCCUACCAUUUCAGAAAGGUUGAUUGUUUGACGCAUACAUGUUUGUCUAGUUACUGAUACAAGUUGUAAAGAUAAUAGAAUUUUAUGCCCUGUUAAUAUUUGUUAGAAAACUCUAAUUUUGUAUGUAUGUGUUAGGGUUCAAAUGUGGAAGAGUCUGUUUAUACAUUUCUAGGAUGAUUUUUAAUGCAGUGUGCUACUGUCCCUAAACCAGAUAAAAUUUGCACAUAUACUCUGAUAAUUCAGUUUUCUGAUUCUAAUCUUUGUCUCACUCUUCUUCUGAUUCAAACUUAAUUCAUGUGCUAUUUGUCCUUUGAAAAUUCCAUCAAGAUUUUCAAUGUUUACAACAAUCAUAAUAUUUAACAUUGGUCUUCAGUUUUCUCUCCUUGUUUGUUAGAGUAAUGUCAAGAAUGAAUAUCUGAUUAGAAUUAAUCAUUGGUCAUAAACUUCCUUUGAAGGGCUUGUGUAUAUUUUUAUGUGUGAAUGUUUGAGCCAGAUAAUUGUACAGUGGUGGCUGAAUAUAACACUACAAUACAUUUUAAUGUUUGUGGGUCAGCUGUUGAAAGGUCAUGUGUUGAUAACUGUAAUCACACACAGAAGUUCUUAUUUUCUGUUUGUGGCACUUACCCACGUCUACUGUAGCUUGUGUGGAUGCAGUUCAAAAAUGACCAUAACUCAUGCAGAAAAUCAAAAUUCUGCGACAGGUCUUUCACUAGUAUGUUUGUUAGUGAUCUCCAUUUGGUUUUCUAAGAUCUAUCUGGUUGGAAUUGCCAUGUUGGAUUAAGGAAUGGAAUAUAAAAGCUUGACUUGCACAAGUUCAAAGAUGCUGAGGGACACAGGUGAGAUCCUGGUACAGAGGGAGAUAGUUCCUCAGUUUGCUGAACUUUAUGGAAGGUGACAGCAUAAUACAUAGGAGCAGAAUUAGGCUAUUUGGCUCAUCGAGUCUGCUCUGCCAUUUAAUCAUGACUGAUUCACUUCCCUCUCAUUCCCAUUUUCCUGUCUUCUCCCUGAAACCUUUGACACCCUGACUUAACCAAGUCCUAUCAACCUCUGUUUUAAAUAUACUCAAUAACUUGGUCUCCACAGCCAUCUGUGGCAAUGAAAUCUACAGAUUCACCAUCCUCUGGCUAAAGAAAUUCCUUCUCUCUGUUCUAAAUGGAUGUCCCUCUAUUCUGAGGUAUGCUCUUUAAUCCGAGACUUUCCCACAAGAGAAAACAUCCUCUCCACAUCCACCUUGUCCAGGCCUUUCAAUGUUCAACAUGUUUCAGAGACAACCCCCCUCCUCACUCUUCUAAAUCCCAAUGAGUACAGUGAGAGCCAGCAGACACUCCUCAUAAGUUAACCCUUUCAUUCCUGGGACCCGAAGCAAUGCCAGCUCAUCUCUUCUUAAAUAAGAGGUCCAAAACUUCAUACAAUACUCCAAAUGCCAUCUGACUCAGCAUAACAUCUUUUAUAUUCUAAUUCUCAUGGAAUGAAUGCUAACAUUGUAUUUGCUUUCCCUAUCACCAAUUCAGCCUGCUAGUUAAUAUUUAGGGGACCCUUCACAAGGACUCCCAAGUCCCUUUGCACCACUGAUUUUUAAAUUUUCUCCCUAUUUAUAAAAUAGUUCACACCAUUAUUCCUUGUACCAAUGUGCAUGACCAUACACUUCCUUACAUAAUAGUCCAUUUACCACUUUGCCCAUUCUCCCAAACUGUCCCAAGUUCUUCUGCAGACUCCCUGCUUCCUCAACCCUACCUGCUGUUCCACCCGUGUUUGUAUCGUCUGCAAACUUGGCCACAGAACCAUCAGUUCCAUCAGCCAAAUCGUUGACUUGCUGUAUAGCAUGAAAAAAACAGUCCUAAUACCGGCCUUUGCAAAACACCACUUGGCAGCCAACCAGAAUAGGCCUCCUUUGCUCCUGCCAAUCAGCCAAUCUUCUAUCCAUGCUAGUAUCUUUCCUGUAACACCAUGAGCUCUUGUUCAGGGGCCUGUAUAUAACUCCCAUCAGGGCCUUUAUCACCCUUGCAACUUCUUAACUUUACCCAGAAGGAUUCUACACCUUAUGAUCUUAUGUCACCACUUUAAGGAUUUGAUUUCAUAUUUUACCAACGGAGCCACUCCAUCAGCUUUGCCUACCCACCAGUCCUUUUGAUACAAGGUGUAUCCUUUGAUGUUUAGCUCCCAACUAUGAUCUUCUUUCAACCACAUCUCAGCGAUGGCCACACUAUCAUACCUGCUAAUAUCUAAAUGCACUACAAUAACUAUAUUUCAGUAGCUGGAUGGAUGGGAGUAGGGGGUAGUUAAGUUUUCCAGAUGUUAGAAUGGAUGUGAUGAAAAUAUAAACCACCUGCAAUAUUCUAUUUAACAAAAACCACUGGCUGUGUGAUUAUAGAUACUGUCUUUGCAAGUAUGAGGGUAUCUAAAGAGGUUGUUUUAAGCAGGAAGGUAACAUUUAGCUGAAUUUUGCUGCUGUGGGAUACUUUUCCUCCUGGAGGUAUAUUACAUAAUUAAUUUCUUUGUUUUAAUUGCAUUCUAUUCUUAAUAUUGUACUGUUAACUACUAUGGACUAAUGAAAUAUUGGAGUAAAAAUUUGAAGUGCUUGGAUAGUUAAUUUGUAGAACAGGUAUUCAGUAGUGAAUUCCACACAAAUCUAAUUAAGGGGUUCUUCCAGCAUUUUGUGUUGAUUAAGGGAUUGAGUUCAUUUACUUAUUGAAUGUAAUUGAUUGUCAGAGUGGUGAGAUUGCAAUCGAGGUUCAGAUAAUAUUACAGUCUCUAGAUAAUAUUGUUACACUGAAAUUACUUUCUAGCAUUUUGCUAUAAUCUACUGCAGAUGUCAGUCCUCAGUUACACAGUUUAAUAGUAAGUGUUUGUGUUUUGCUGCCACUAUAUAGUUAUCCUUUAAGUAUGCUAACAGUAAACCUCAGCUCAUGAAUAAAAAUGGAAGUGAUUUCUGUCAUUCGCUUCCCUGCACAUGGGGGGAGUUUUGGAUUUCUGCUUCCCCUGUCUUUGUUCUGUUUGUAAAUAACUGUAGGGCCUUGUUGAUAUCACAGUUGCAUUCAACAGCUGGAAAUGGCUAAUUCACAUCACAAAGUGAGCCUGUUGUUGCACAUUGGUCUCGACCACAACUAGUUAGAUCUGAUAAAAUACACCAUAGAGAAACUAUAUCUCAUUGAAAUACAGCUCAUUUCAGAUCCAAAAAAAACUUCAGAUCAAAAAGUAAAUGGCCACUCAGCCCAUCAUGACUGUGCAGGUACUUAAUUCGUUUGAUCUCAUUCUCCUGCUUUCUAAUGUUUCCUUUUUAAAUAUAUUCUCAUAUAAAGUGCUGGUAUUACAAAUUCUUCUCAUUCAUUCUGCAUUUCAUAUAUUGCUUCAGAUUUUUUAGUAUUAGACUUGAAAAUGUGACUGGGAGAGACUUCUACCAAAUGGAUUGCAGUGUGGAAUAACUUACUAAAGUUUUUAUGUUACAAAAUAACUUUAUAAUUUCCAUGCAGUUAUCUCUGGAACACAUAAUUUUUUUUUGCACUGCUUGGGACCUAUGUUCAAUGUAAUUUCUUUUAAAUAUAUGGUUCCCGGAAUGAUAGUUCAAAUCUAAUUAAGGGUACACAAGUACUUUUCUAUGUUUAUGUUAUAGAACAUUUAGUUCUAUCAGACUUGAGAGUCUGUGUAUGAGUUUUCCAGUCAUUAUUCUACUAACCUUACACUUGUAUCUUUAUGUCAUUUAAUGUGGUUGAUAAAGAUUUACUGAACAAUGCACUUUCCACAGGACACUUGAACUGAGUCCUUUGCAAGUGACCUUUACUGGACUGUAGUGGGAGCUUGUGGGAAGCAAUGUUACUGAACAACUUGUUCAUUUGUAAUACACUCUUUUAAUGACUUUUCUGAUUUUUGACACUGCACUUCGAGCUGUGAUCUUUCUUGAGUGCAUAGAUAUUUUACUACAUUAAAGGUGCAAUAGAAAAGUGAAAGUACUUGUCUGACCAAUUGUUAAUAUGCUGAGAUGAGUUCCGUUUCCAAAUCAUUAUUGACUACUUAGUUUGACUCUCUGCUCUGAAGGAGCUUUAUCCCACUGAUUGGAAAAAAGGAGGAUAAUUUGAUCCCUGUGCUUCCAUAUUCCUCCUCAUAUCCAGCAUGAGGACUUUUCUCUGACUUGGAAAUGUUAGUUUGUCACCAUCAGAAAGCGGCUAAUGGAGACCUCUUGCAUGGAAUAUGGACAACAUGGAAACAUAUUUAUGUUUAUAACAACCCCAAGCAAAUGAUAGGUCACACUUCAGUUCAUGAGUGAAAUAUAUAUCCUAUAUUCAGUCUUCUUCGGAGGUGUAAACAGUAUCUUGAUUACCAGAUUAUUUUGAAAUACAUGAAUGUUUUCAAUGUAAAACUAAUAAAUUAUGUGCAUCCGUACUGA